GGAUCCUUCGCAAAAUGGGCGCUGCGAGGGCAUUCUGUAUUCGGUUUGCGCCUCCGGCCGCCCUGAUUUAUGUCGGGGGUCGUGUUCUCUGGUCAAUCGAGGCAGCUCGGAACAAUUCACAGCUAUUCCUACUACAUUCUGAUCCGAAAGCAGCAUACUCAACCACUUCAACGCAAUGCGCCCGUGGGCAGGUCCACCACUCUGUUGGAGAAGGCAGGCCCGGGCGGAGCAACACCGAUCGCGUCGAGGGAAGCUUUCAUAGCAGUGAACCAGACUCCUCUAUCUGGUCAAGUAUGAUGCAGAGAUUCGAAGGGGUUAAGCAGUCCGUCGGUUCACCUGAAUGGAUAGAGCUCGACCAGCUCAAGAACUACAUAAUUCCCGAUUGGACGAAAUUUCUCCCAGAAACAGUGCAGAAAUUACAACGAGAACUUUCUAUGGCCCCGGGUUCUCUGGCGGACGAAAUCUGGAGAGAGGCUCACGAUCCCGACCUGCAUCCCGAAAUACUCCGAGAGGCCACGGUCCGCGUUGGGAAUAGCCUCUGCGAUGAUGAGCUGGAGUUCAGGCGCAAGCGGAAGAAGCAUGCGGUGAAGGCGCUGUCGGCCUACCUGAAUAUCCCUGAGGAGGACAUACAUCCAGAUGAUGUUCCCAUCAUCUCUAUGUGCGGCUCCGGAGGCGGCCUGCGCGCGCUUGUCGCUGGUACUGGCUCGUAUCUGGCCACACAAGAGGCUGGCCUCUGGGACUGUGUGACUUACACUGCUGGUGUUAGUGGCAGUUGCUGGCUUCAGGUCCUCUAUCAUUCUUCCAUUACCGGGUGCAAUUUUACUAGACUCGUGGCUCACCUGAAGAACAGGCUAGGGGUCCAUAUGGCAUUUCCGCCGGCUGCACUUAAAUUGCUCACGCAUGCUCCAACCAAUAAGUACCUCCUCAGUGGUCUGGUCCAGAAGCUGAAAGGUGAUCCUGGUGCGGACUUUGGUCUGGUCGACAUUUACGGCAUGCUGUUAGCAGCAAGAUUGCUUGUACCCAAGGGGGAGCUAGGAGCCUCCGACUUCGACCUCAAACUGUCAAACCAGGCCCGCAAUAUUGCCAGUGGAGCUCACCCGCUUCCCAUCUAUACUGCUGUCCGCCAUGAGAUUCCAAUUUUGGAAGAGAAAGCGGAAAAGAACGAAAAGCCAAUGCCUGAAGAUCUUAUCAAAGAAUCGCAAAGCGAGUCAUGGUUUCAAUGGUUUGAAUUCACCCCGUAUGAAUUUUUCUGCGAGGAACUCAACGCUGGAAUACCUACUUGGGCCCUUGGGAGACAUUUCAAUGGUGGAAAGAACGAGGUACCUGCUGGGACGGCUCCCAUUCCUGAGCUCCAUGUCGGCAGUUUGAUGGGAGUAUGGGGCAGCGCGUUUUGCGCAACGCUCUCGCAUUACUACAAGGAAAUCCGUCCACUUCUUAGGGGCAUCGCCGGGUUUGGAGGUAUUGAUUCUCUAAUUCAGGGCAAGUCUAAAGACCUCAUCCGCGUCCAUCCCAUUGAUCCGGCAACGAUACCAAACUAUGUGCUAGGGAUGAAGGACCAGCUGCCUCCAUCCUGUCCAGAAUCCAUCUUUCAAAGCCAACAUCUGCGACUUAUGGAUGCAGGAAUGAGCAACAACCUCCCAAUAUACCCAUUGCUCCGACCCGGUCGAGACGUUGAUAUUAUCAUCGCCUUCGAUAACUCGGCCGACAUCAAGCAAGAAAAUUGGCUAUCUGUUGUGGACGGCUAUGCACGUCAACGGGGCAUCAAGGGCUGGCCUAUUGGAGCCGGCUGGCCCAGAGCAGCCGACACUCUGAAAGAGACAGAACAGAGCCUGCGCGAACCAGAAAACAUUUCCGAAGAAGCCCUAAACAGAAGAGUCUCAGAAGCCCAACAGUCCUCUACUCAUGAGCAUGCUCACUCUUCAUCAGUCACCACUAAACAAACCACAACCAAUCCAGACUUCCAACCUUCUCCCGCAGACACAGACCUAGACUACUGUAACGUCUGGGUCGGCACCAUGCAAGAGAGACUCUCCGACAAAGAACCACCCCCUUCUAAACGCCUCUUCGACCCCCGUCAAUCCUCCUCCGACCCAGACCACCGCGAAUCCGACUUUCAUCUCAUGCGUCCAGAUGCCGGCAUCGCAGUCGUCUACUUCCCCCUCCUCCCUAACUCCUCCGCACCAGACCUCCCCUCUUCCACCUCCCUCACAAAACCCUCACCAUCCGACCAACACUCUGGCUCUGAGAACAAUUCAUCCGCUCAGGACACAAUUGACACCACUAAACCGCUUUCCCCGCACCCAGGCACCAUCAACCCAAACGUCGACGACUUCCUCUCAACUUGGAACUUUGUCUACACGCCUGAGCAGAUUGAUGCGGUUGUGGGACUGGCUAAGGCGAACUUUGCGCAGGGCGAGCAGCAGGUUAAGCGGGUUGUUCGGGCAGUUUAUGAGCGGAAGAAGAAGGAUCGCUUGCAGAGGGAGGAAAGAAUGCAUGGUCCGCAUAAGACGGGGCUGGUGCUGAGUUGAUUAGAUAACUUGCCAUUCGGUUGAGCUUUCCUCUUCUUUUCUUUGUUGCAUCAUUAGCGGUUUGACCUGGACAUAAUGUACGGACUUUACGAUAUAUGAUAGAUUUAGACAUAAAGCAGACAUGCCUACCCCUUGCCAUAAUAUAUUGCUAGGGAAUAGCAUAACUCCUGCUAAUACAGAGCAUAUCAAUUACUAUG